CUAUAAAAGCUCCCACUGGGGGUGGCUAUGAUUCCCUUUUCGAGGCUUUUAACUUUCCAUUUCUUCCCUCAUUUUCGAGGGUUUGUUUUUUUGUUCUUUUCUUUUCCUUUCUUUUCUUUUCUUUUCUUUUCACUCUUUUCUUCUUCUUCGCUCCUCGAACCCUAACCCUAGAAGUCUCUCCUCCACUUCAAUUCUUUCUUCACACAGAAAAAAGGGAACAAAAUGCAGCAGAGGCUGAAGCAGCAGCAGGCGCUGAUGCAGCAAGCUCUUCUUCAGCAGCAGCAGCAAUCUCUUUAUCAUCCUGGCCUUUUAGCUCCUCCUCAGAUAGAGCCAAUUCCAAGUGGAAAUUUGCCUCCUGGGUUUGAUUCAAGUACAUGCCGCAGUGUGUAUGUGGGUAAUAUUCAUACGCAAGUUACAGAACCACUUCUUCAGGAGGUAUUCUCAAGUGCUGGCCCACUUGAAGGAUGCAAACUUAUUAGGAAAGAGAAGUCAUCCUAUGGUUUCAUUGACUACUUUGAUCGCAGAUCAGCUGCACUUGCCAUUUUGACUCUUAAUGGGAGGCAUCUGUUUGGGCAACCCAUUAAAGUUAAUUGGGCAUAUGCCAGUAGUCAGAGAGAGGACACUUCAGGUCAUUACAAUAUAUUUGUUGGUGAUCUUAGCCCUGAGGUUACUGAUUCUACCUUGUUUGCAUGCUUCUCUGUUUACCCAAGUUGCUCAGAUGCAAGGGUUAUGUGGGAUCAAAAGACUGGGCGUUCUCGAGGGUUUGGAUUUGUCUCUUUCCGGAACCAACAGGAUGCACAAAGUGCGAUUAAUGAUUUAACUGGAAAAUGGCUUGGAAGUAGACAGAUACGUUGUAACUGGGCAACAAAAGGUGCUGGUGCUAAUGAUGACAAGCAGAACUCAGAUGCCAAAAGUGUGGUGGAGUUGACAAAUGGAACAUCAGAAGAUGGUCAAGAGACAACAACUGAUGAUGGCCCUGAGAAUAAUCCUCAAUACACCACUGUUUACGUAGGCAACCUCUCUCCUGAGGUUACCCAACUUGAUCUCCACAGGCAUUUUCAUGCCCUUGGUGCUGGAGUGAUAGAAGAAGUCAGGGUGCAAAGAGACAAGGGCUUUGGUUUUGUCAGAUAUAGUACCCAUGCUGAAGCAGCUCUGGCCAUUCAAAUCGGCAAUGGCCGCAUCAUCUAUGGCAAGCCAAUUAAGUGCUCGUGGGGUAGUAAACCCACUCCACCCGGGACAAUCUCAACUCCGCUGCCCCCACCUACUGGUGGUCCUUUGCCUAUGUCAGGCCUUUCACAAGCUGAGCUUUUGGCCUACGAGAGACAGUUGGCAAUGAGCAAGAUGGCUGGUGCCCAGGCACUGAUGCACCCCCAGGGUCAGCAUGCACUCAAGCAGGCAGCUAUGGGAAUGGGUGCUGCUGGAGCAAGUCAGGCGAUUUAUGAUGGAGGCUUUCAGAAUGUUGCUGCGGCCCAGCAACUCAUGUACUACCAGUAGACACUUUUUUUUUUUUUACCGUUUAUAUCCCAAUCUUCCUUGUUCCAAUCAUACGUCAACUCUUGUUUUGCUUUUUGUUUUCUGUUUUCUUUCAACUUUGUUCCCCGUUUGUUAUGGAUAUAUGUGUACUUUUUACUUUCUAGUUUCUAGUUUAUAUAGAGGAGUGAUUAUUGGGGGAACUUGACCAUUUUAUGACGACGGUAUAGUUGUUUCUAAUUU